AUGGCAGCGGCGCGGCAGGACAGAGCGGCACCACCCAAGGUACAUCCACUCUUUUCACUCGGAUCGGGCACAUUUGCGGGAGCCAUUGAAGGCUUUGCGACGUACCCGAUCGAAUAUACCAAGACCGUGUCACAGUUCACAACCAAGGCUGGGGCCAAGCCGCCGAAUCCGAUUGUUAUUGCGCGCGACACUAUUGCGGAGUACGGUGUACGUGGUCUGUAUAGUGGAUGCGGUGCGCUUGUGGCGGGUAACGCACUCAAAGCGGGCGUGCGUUUUCUUUCGUAUGAUCAUUUCAAGUCCAUGCUCAAGGAUGAGCAUGGCAAGCUAACAGCGCCCCGCAGUUUGCUCGCUGGUCUCGGUGCUGGUAUGAUGGAGGCGAUUUUUGCCGUUACGCCCUCGGAAACGAUCAAGACCAAGCUGAUUGACGAUGCCAAGAGCGAGACACCCAGGUACCCACAGAGCCUUGUGCGCGGUUCGAUCGCCAUUGUGCGUGACGAGGGCAUUCUCGGCAUCUACCGAGGCCUGGUGCCAGUGAUGCUGCGUCAGGGAGCGAACAGUGCGGUGCGCUUCGGCACAUACUCUACGCUGCGCAACUUUGUGCAGGGCUCGUCACGUCCCGGUCAGCCACUGCCAAGUGGUGUCACAUUUGGUAUUGGCGCGAUCGCCGGCAUUGUGACAGUGUAUGCAACCAUGCCUCUCGACGUCGUCAAGACGCGCCUACAGACCCUGCAUGGCCGCGAGCAAUACAAAGGCACAUUCGACUGCAUGGCCAAAGUGCUGCGCCACGAAGGCGUUCUUGCAUUCUGGCGCGGCGCCACGCCACGCUUAGCGCGUCUGAUGCUCAGUGGCGGCAUUGUGUUCACCGUGUACGAAAAAAGUAUGGAUGUGCUUCAAAGUGUAUUUGCAUAA